AUGGGCAAACCAUGGGGGGAGGUGGAUGAAGAAUCCACCAGCUCUGGCUCGGAGGUGCGGCGGCGGAAACCGAAGAAGGAGGCAUUCAAGGAGCCGACAACAUGGCCGGAAAUGAUUAAGGCUUGGCCAAAAACCACAUUUUGCAUCGUGUCCAACGAGUUUUGCGAACGAUUCUCUUACUAUGGAAUGAGAACUGUGCUCACAUUCUACCUCCUGAACGUGUUGAAGUUCUCCGACAACCAGUCGACAAUUUUCUUCAACGGUUUCACUGUGCUUUGCUAUUUGACGCCCGUCCUCGGAUCGAUUAUUGCUGAUGGUUUCGUUGGGAAAUUCUGGACAAUCUUCACCGUAUCGAUUCUCUAUGCCGCUGGUCAGAUCGUAUUGGCGAUUGCGUCUACCAAGGAUUCUUCGUCCAGUAUGCAUCCAUGGCUGGACAUGAUCGGGAUGGUGAUGAUUGGGUUUGGAACCGGUGGCAUCAAGCCGUGCGUAGCAGCGUUCGGUGCUGAUCAGUUCGAGAAGGGACAUGAACGAAUGCUGUCCAUGUUCUUCUCGAUGUUCUACUUCUCCAUCAACGCCGGCUCCAUGAUCUCCACCUUCAUCUCCCCGAUUUUCCGAUCGAUGACCUGUCUGGGACAAGAUUCCUGCUACCCGCUGGCUUUUGGUAUCCCGGCCAUUCUGAUGAUUGUCGCAACAGUCCUCUUCAUGCUCGGCUCCUUCUGGUAUAAGAAACCGCCGCCAAGCGACAACGUCUUCUCGGAGGUCGCCAAGAUCAUCGGGCGCGCCGGCAUCAACAAGAUGAAGGCCCGCGAGCCAAAGGCCCAUUGGUUGGAUCACUACAUGACGACCCACAGCUGCGACUCCGACCCCAGAUGCCAGCAGUUGAAGCAGACCAGUCACAACAAGAAUGCUUGCCAUAAGCUUGGCUACGUCGACGAUGUCCGGCAACUUCUCCGACUCCUCGUCAUGUUCCUCCCCGUUCCCAUGUUCUGGGCUCUUUACGAUCAACAGGGAUCCGUCUGGCUUAUUCAAGGUAUUCAAAUGGACUGCCGUCUGUGGGGCAACGUGCUUUUCAUGCCCGAUCAAGUGCAAGUGCUGAACGCCGUCUUGAUCCUGUGCUUCAUCCCGAUUUUCCAAGUGAUCGUCUACCCGAUCGCGUCCAAGUUCUUCGAGCUUACACCUCUCCGAAAAAUGGUGGCUGGAGGUCUCCUUGCUGCCUGCUCAUUCGCGAUCACCGGUUUCGUGCAGCUCAGGGUUAACCAAACCCUAGCCGUGCUCCCCGACAGCGGCCAGGUGUUUGUCGGCUUCUCCAAUAUGCACCACCCCGGCUGCAAUGUCACUAUCAUGAUGGGCGACGACAUGGACUCGAUGAGGACUCUGUCAUACAAUAUGUCGAUGAAAGACAUCGCCAAGCAUGGCGACGUUGCGGGGGAGAAGACGUUCCACCACGCCGCUGGCGCGAUCGCGUUCAAAUUCACGUACUCGCCCGCUGAUGACGAUACCGUUUGUAACAAGAAGAUCCUGCCGGAUUCGUUGACGACCAAUUUCAAGAAAGAAAAGAUCUAUUUUGCUGUCGUCGCACCGUUGGGCGUGUUGGUCGGCGUGGCGGACACGGACAAGCCGGAACAGGGAACUGGAGAGUUCAGCGGAGGCCUGCUGAUGGCGAUGAAGAAAGACUACGGCUACGGUACCGACCAGGAAAAUAUGGUGGUUUGUCGAGCCGACGACAAGACCGGGCUGCCAAAAGAUCCGCCCUGCUCGCCGAGAAAACCGACUGAUUUCUAUUACUGGGAAUCCAACUACAACCAGGGCAAAGAUGAUCGUGACGAUCAGCUCACCUACUUCCGUAACCCCACGGCAAAUACGACCCACCCCGACCUGCCCACGUAUGCCACGCAGUACUCGAUGAAGCCGGUGAAGCCCGGGCGUUGGUGGUUGUACAAAUUGCCGUCGACACCAAAGGACGCCGGAAAGACGACGCCGGAACAUGUUGAUGUCACCCCACUCAACGCGACGAUCUACAUCCGCUCCCAGGGCGGUGUGUAUCUCUUCGGAAUCUUCAGCAGCCAGACCAAUGAAACGCUAGCCCUCACCCAAGAGGACGGCUACAUGCCGUCGAUGCAGAUCGUCCAGGACAACUCCGUCAGCAUCCUCUGGCAGGUACCCCAAAUCGUGGUCCUGACAGCAGCCGAAAUUCUGUUCUCCAUCACUGGCUACGAGUUUGCCUAUUCGCAGUGCGCCCCAUCGAUGAAGGCCGUGGUGCAAGCAGCGUGGCUUCUGACAACAGCUGUAGGAGACACCAUCAUCGUCGGAAUCACAGCCUGGGAUCCUUUCAGCAACAUGGCCACCAUGUUCUUCGUGUAUGCAAUCUGCAUGGCGGUCGUCAUCGGCGUGUUCGCAUUAAUGGCCAUCUUCUACUAUGAAUACAAGUCGUACACAGCGGCCGAUGAUGACUAUGACAGUGAUGUCGAGCACGAGGACGAUGAGAUCGACCUCAACGACAAGGGCUACUUGAAUGGGGGCUACACACGAUCACCCCCCGAAGACAAGCUCUCCGAAUACCUCGAUACGGAUAUGCACUUC